AUGGCCCAGAUGGGAAGUGCGGGCACGCCACGUCGACAGGAAGUUCCGCGAGAGCGACGAGUUCAGCCAGGACAUUCCAGAGGAGAUUAUCUAGUCCUUGCCAAGGCGCUUCAGAAGUUCUUCGACAACGCGAAGGAUGGCUACAACAACGAUGCCGACCAAACCACUCGCGACGACGACCAGCAGGACCUGAAGGUCUUCUUCCGCCCCUGGCGGGAUGUGGCCGGCAAGGCGAAGGUGGACGUCGUCCAGGAGAUCUUCAGAUUUCGUCGAAGUACUACAACACCCCAGCUUCGCCUUUCGGCAGGGAGAUGCCGGCCGACUUGGACAAGAUCCCCGCCAAGGCCGAUGGUGAGUUUAAGCGCUGCCGGUACCACAAAGAAGCUCUACAAAUCCGAGGCCAUCGACUCCUUCGACGACAGGUACCUCCCUUGUGUCUACGAGACCGUGAAGGAGGCUGACAAAGCUGUUGCCGAGUAG